CAUCGAUGUUUUUUAACAUCACUAAUCACUAGUAGCGACAGUUUUUGCAUAAAAUACAAUUAAAUAAUAAAGGGCCAUCGCCAAAGCUGCAAAAACCAGGUUUUACACUGCUGCAAUUGCUGAAGAGUCUAGUUUAGGUGCCACUCGAAAACAAUACCGGAAAGUGUUACGCGAAAGCCCAGCAGAGCCCCAAAAAAUCAACCCAAAAGUGAAAGCCCCCAGAAAAAGUAAAGUACAAAAGAGAGAAAGGAAGAGCCAGAGAGGUAAAGAAAGAGAGAGCGAAGAGCGUUUAAAAGAGUCUGUGCGAGAGAAAAACGAUUUUUUCAACUCCGCGAAUCCUUGGUCAUAUUCCGUGUGCAAAUCCUGGUAAAGCGGGAAGUGAAGUGAAAUAGUAGGACCAGGAGCAAAACACCGACAAGAUUCUCGGGCCUACCUACAGCGGUAUCCAGAUCCAGAGCCACGGCCACCAGGACGCAGAAUCCACCUACAGCACCUACAGCACUCCACUAGCCGCCACCACGCUCCACAAACAGCCAGCAGCCAUCAUGUUCGUCAACUCCAUGACGUUCCGCGGCAAUCCGGCGAACUACCACCAGCAGCAGCCGGCCCUGAACCACCACACGCUGGCAGCGGCGCACCACCAGCAGCAGCUGCACCACCACGCCGCUGCAGCUGGUCACCUGAGCCACGUCGGCGGUGGCCACGCAGCCAGUAACCACCUGGCGGCCGCCGCUGUUCUCGGACGGCAUGGCCACAACUCCCUGGGCAGCGGGCACACGUCCACGUCCUCGCACUCGGCCAAUGUGGGCGUGGGAGUCGGCGGGGGAGCUCUGGCUAGCGGCUCCACCGGGGGCAGCGGUGGCAACAGCUCUCCGGACAGUGGCAAGAUCUAUAUCAAGAACCUGGAGCGGUCCAUCGACAACAAGGCGGUGUACGACACGUUCUCGGUGUUCGGAAACAUCCUGAACUGCAAUGUGGCCAAAGACGAGGAUGGCAAUUCACGCGGCUAUGGGUUUGUGCAUUUCGAUUCGGAGGAGGCCGCCCGGGCGGCCAUCGAGAAGGUGAAUGGGAUGCUGUGCAAUAAUCAGAAGGUGCAUGUGGUCAAGUUCAUACCACGGCGGGACCGGGAGCAGGAGAAGGCCACACACUUCAAGAAUCUGUAUGUGAAGAACCUCAGCGAGGAGUUCACCGAGCAGCAUUUGCGCGAGAUGUUCGAGCCCUACGGCCGCAUCACCAGUCACAAGCUCAUGCUAGACGAGGAGGGGCGCUCCCGGCGCUUCGGUUUCGUGGCCUACGAGAACCCACAGUCGGCGCUGGCCGCCGUAAUUGGCCUGCACGGCAAGCAGCUGGGCGACAACAAGUUCUUGUACGUGGCAAGAGCCCUCAGCAAGGCCGAGCGGCAGCAGGAGAUCAAUCGCAAGCUGGAGGAGCGCAAGCGCCAGAAGGCCGGUCAGAUAUUCUACUACUAAGUCUUCGGCGGCGGCAGCUGAUCCAAGGACAUCGCUAGGAGUUGACUCGGAACCCACACACAUACAAUACACACCCAUAUAUAAACCUAUAUAGAUAUUUACGAGAAAUUGUAUCGAGCAGCUAGGCGGACAUUCAGGCAGCAGACGGACGGGAGGCAGCUCCUGCGCAAAUACACUUAGAUGUAGGCAAAAGUCUUGCAACACAGUUGAAAUUUAUAGAAAGAACACAGGGCAGAAACAAAGGGAGAGGCAGAACACGAGCUCUCAACCGAAAGGAUUUUCUAGGCAUUAGGACAACAAUUUCUUAGCACUCACUAGCGUUUUUUUGAAAUUAGAUGUUUGUCUUUACUGUUGAAUUUAGUGAGCAGGGGCUUUGCUGUCAGCUUCUCGCCUAAAGAACACAUUGCGUACACACCCGUAUUUCGAAAUGUAUUUACCCACACCAGGCCAACUUUCACACUGGCCCCUUGGCAUUAAGUCUAGAUCGUGCGAUCGCAACUAGAGCUACGCCCAGCACAGUCCUGGGCAACAUAUGAAUAUUUACACUUACCUAAUAUAUAUAUUAAAACCAAACUAAACCAAGAAACAAACGAAAACAAACAAAAAAAGAACAAAAACAAAAUGGAAAAACGGAAAAAAAUACAAUUGAUGUAACCCCUAUUAACAAGUGAAGCACCCACUCCACGUAUAUACAUAACAUAUACAUAUAUCUAAUGUAACUCCACACGCUGUAGUUAGAAAGCGUUUAUAAUACUCACACACCCUACGCUAUAACUAAACUUUUGACGAGGAAAUCAAGUGCAACCAUUGCGAAAGCGAACCCUACACGUAAUUUAUAGAGUAGACGCCGAUGCGGACGAGGAAUAGGUCAGAGCUGGAGAGGAGAGAUCCGACAUGGAAUUAGCAGGGGCCCAGCGCCACUCCUGCGGACAGUACAUGAGUAUUAAAAUUUUAGCGAUUACAAGACAUUUUUGUAAUUAAUUGUACAUUGUUUCAAGUAGCAGAAACUAAAGUGAAACCCACAAAACAGGACCGCAAGACAGUAACGACCGUAAUGUAACGUGAACAAGAUGAAAGUGAAAACCUAAUUGAAUGUAACCAAUCCAAGAAGUGUACACAGUGCAAUGUUUAAAUCUUUUAGAAUAUUAUUAUGGAUACAAGGCACGAACUAAAUCGCGAAAUCGAAGUAAUUCACAGCACGCUGUAGGCCGGCGUGUGUACAAGUUUGAAAUGAAAGCAAAUACAUGCAUAAUUUAAGAUUAUUGAGCUUAAUUUUUAAAGUGUUUCCGAGAACAGAAAACGAGAGCAAAGUGAAAAGUAAAAAGUAAAAAGUAAAAGGAAAUUAUUAAGAUACCCUACAACGCUAAACUCACUCGAAAUUUGUAAGAUUCAAGUUUUGCGUCUAGACAUAUACACAAUGUAUAGUUAAACAGUACCACACACAAAAGAGGAAAAUUAAACGACAUAAAAUAGUUA